CAAAAUCAAUGAAUUAGCAUUCCUUCGGACGCGAGGAGCCCGGCCAUCCCAUGUGAAGUUGCUCUACAUGGUAGCAAGAUGUCUUAUCCCGCUCCUAUUUAUUAAACCACUUGUCCAAUAGCUGCAAAACUGAUGAAGGUUUAGGUUGAGCGCGUGUUCUGGCCCAAUCGAACGGUACACAAUGCGCUGCUUGGCAGCUUGCUUUGGGGCCCCACAUUCGCUGGUAGAUGCCAGAAGCUGUAACAAGCGCAUUUCAUCUGGUUUAGCGAGCAGCGCUGAAGAGAAAUGUGGAGGAAGGACGGUUCAACGCAGCGCGCAAGCGGCAACUUGCGAAACGACGGUGGAAUGGACUACGUUGUUCCGUAUUCUUACGACCGAUGCAUCAAACGGGGAAUGGUGGGAUAUCCUUCAAAACGCUGCUGCAGCGUUCACUACAUGUCUACCAGCCGACCACGCCAGCAUCUUCCUUCUUGCGGGCGCGGGAGCUGCCGCAACACUCGCAACAUCAGGUGCACCGCUGUUCGGGAUGCGGCUGGGCCAGCUGCUGCUGCCCAGCAGCGCCUUCGCCUCCGCGCCCAACAAAACACACCCCGAGGUCAACAUGGGCAGCUUAGCUGCUGAGCUUCAGGCGCAGGAGGGCCUCGCUCCCAUUGUGUACCGGUCCUCCUCCAUCCUGCAACCAACCAACACCACCGCGUCCCCACUCAGUCACCACAACCACCACCUCCGAACUCAUUACUCGAAGGACGGCAUGGGAAAGGAUGGCAGCUACAACAGCAACGUCAUUACCACUGCUGCUGCUGCAGCAGCGUCUUCUUCCGGUGUCGUGCGGCGGCAUUACGUGGCUGUUGGCAUCCCCGGCGGCUCAAUAACAGCGG